AUGGGUUGUUAUGCUAAAGAGAAUAGAUUAACCGACCAAGAAGAAAUUUUCAAUGAGGGAGGAGGAGAUGACGUAGCAGUUAUGAAAUAUUUUGAUAUUAAGAAUUCAUCAAUAUUAGCAGCAACUAUUAUUUGGCAAUUUUCGGAUGAACAUAUGAUGUUUUAUUCGGGCGAAUCUCGUGAAGAAUUUCAAGAUAAUAUGCCCCUCAAUGACUUUGCCAAUGAAUGUAUUCCAUUGUGGUUACCUGACAUUAGAAAGAAAGCUUUCAAAAUUUGCACUUUGAAAGAAUGGUUAGAUGAAGAUGAAAAUAAUCCUCUUCAUUCUUCUGGAUUUCAAUUUUCUCCUUCAUACAUAGGAAGUUCAUCAAUUGAGAAGGAAGGUACAAUUUAUUGUGCUUCAAAUGAUUUGUUUUCUCCUCAUCAAGUAAUGAUGAAAGAAAAAAUUAAGAGAAAGUUUGUGGAAUUUUGUGCUUGUACCUCCUUUGGAAAUGGAUUGGAUAUUGAGGGAAUUGAUUUUUCAAUGUUAUGUGGAAAGAUUUCGGAUAACAGCUUGAAAACAGAGUUUAUUGUACCAUGUGCUUAUAAUCAAGUAGAAGAAACUCCUGUUAUAGUGAUUGGAUACCCAACAAGACCUUCCAAGGCUCAAAUUCUGAAUGCUUAUGAAAUUCCUCCAAAAAGGAGGGCAUUCGAUGCUAUAUUCUCUUACAAUUAUAAAACAGCAAGUAUAGGAAAGAUCAAACACAGCACUAAUCCCGAUUUCAUGUUAAUUUCAAAUGCGACUUGUUUUGGAAUGGAAGGUUCUGCUGUAUUUUCUAUAAAAGGGGAAUUAAUUGGAAUAGUUAUGAAAAGAAAGAAGAUUUCAAAGUAUAACAUUGUUUUAAGUGUAAAUCAUCCAAGUUUUGUCAUUGAAUAUUUGAGCUACCCAGGAAAUGAACUUCUUUCUAUGGAUAGAUCAUUAUAUCUGCCUUUACUAGCUCCAUAUAUUGAGAAACACUUUCAACUUUUAACGAAAGCAAUCGAAAACAAGUUGUUGAACGAAACUUUGAAGAAGAAUGUGAAAAAUGUGUUGGACAUGGUUAAUAUGAGAUAA